UGAAGAUGUUAACUCAGAUUGCAACAACUAUUCGACUGUAAAUUGCAUGCUGAACUCACACACUGCUAUUAACGCAAAGCUCCAGAACUGAUCGUUACAAGCGAUCACUAUCACAAACAGAAGAUUUUCCAAUGCAGCCUGCCAGCAUACUAGAGAACAAAGUGCAGCCUUACAAAGUUCAGCAACGAGCAGCAUUUAUGAACAUGGGGUAGUUAUCUAGGAAAGCAGCAUUACUGCGGCUGUGUUCAUCCACCCGAAGACAACUCGUGGGUGGAACAGCAAGAAGAGCAAGAUGCCGUUGAGGAGUGGUCUGACCUCGCUGGAGAAGAGCCUCAUUUUCUUGUUCGUGGCCAUGACUGCAGCUUCCAUCGGCCUGGUUGCGGUUUACGUCACCAAGGCCAACAGCUCCAGUAGUGCAGAAGGAGAAGAAGUGUUAAAUUCAGGAUGUGGGAAAGUGGUACAGCUAAAUGGCGAGAAGGGGGAUUUCAGCAGCGAAAAUUACCCCAGCAGCUACGACAACAGCAAGAGCUGCAGCUGGAACAUCACUGUGGCGAGCAAAAAGGUAAUCGUUUUGUGGUUCCAAGACUUCUCUGUGGAAGACUCAGGCACAUGCAGUGCAGAUGCCCUCACAGUCCAAGAUGAGAUCGGGAUCAUUGGGAAAUACUGUGGUUAUUCCAACCCUAAACUGAUAGUGUCACUGGGAAACAGUUUGACGGUGCAUUUCGGCACGAAUGAAAGAAACACAGACAAAGGAUUCAAAGCUAUGUACCGUGCUGUGGACCCUAGUACAGUUACAGAUAUUGUGGGAGCUGGUGGCAUUUUACAGGGAGACCAUGGGGAGCUGAUGACCCCUGGUUUCCCGGAGAAGAACUAUGAGAACGGUGUGUUGUACCAGUGGAAAAUAACAGUCCCUCAUGGAGAGAAGGUUCAACUCACAUUCCUGGCCUUUGACCUGGUUCCAGAUUCUUGCACUGACUUUGUAGAUGUCUUUGAAGGUCACUCAGAUGGUAUAAGUGCUCCCAAACUUGGUCACUUUUGUGGGAACAAGGUGCCUAAACCUGUAUUGUCCAAGAGCAAUGAAAUAGUGAUAAGGUUUAAAAGUGAUUCUGUCCACAAUGCUAAGGGCUUUAGUGCAGUGUACACUGUGGCUAGUGCUCCAGACGUUACAACUACCACUACCAAGCCUGCCACCACAACCACCAGCAAACCAUCAACCACCACCACCAAGCCAUCCACCACCUCUAAACCAACCGAUUCAGGUUGUGGCUCUCAAGGAAAUCUGUUUGGACGGAAAGGUGAGAUCCACUCUCUGGAUUUUCCCAAUGCCUAUCCUACAAAUCUGCAGUGCUCCUGGAACAUCAGCGUGCCUGAGGGAUUUCUGGUCAAACUGCACAUCACUGAUUUAGCCAUCGUGGGUGAAGCAGGACAGUGUGGUCAGGACAAACUCACCAUCAUUGAUAGCCAGCAGUCACUGGGCAUACACUGCGGUUUCAUCCUUCCUCCUGUGCUCAUCAGUGUCAGUAACAAGAUGGAUGUGAAUUUCCAGUCUGACGGCAGGUUGGCUGACCGCGGUUUCUCUGCCAGGUGGGAGGCUGUGUACGCUGAGGAUAUAGCUGAAAUUCAAGAUUGCGGCGGUUUCUCAAGUGAGGAGGCUGGAGUCAUUAAAUCUAAAAACUGGCCCAUGAACUACACCCCCAACAGAGAGUGUAUGUGGAGGGUGAAAGUGCCCGUGGGCAAAACCAUCACACUGACAUUCACCCACUUUGACUUGGAGGCAGCAGGCAUCUUGAUCAGCCGCUGCCUUGACAACGUGGUUAUUUACGAUGGAGCACAUGGUACUGCUAAGAAAUAUGGUCCCUAUUGUGGGAACAAACUUCCCCCUGUGAUCAAGACAACAGGGAACGAGCUGGUGAUGCGUUUCCAUACCGACUUCUUCAUGGAGGAGAAAGGAUUCAGAGCAUACUGGAGCACAGAUCCUGCUCUGCCUGCUCCUACUGAAACACCUGUACCACCAAACCCAUGGGAUGACAUCCCUAUCGCCUGGCCGGAGACAUGUGGAAGGCCGAAGAUCCCCCCCAUGGUAAACACUCGCAUUGUGAACGGCGAACCGGCCAAAGCUCACUCCUGGCCCUGGCAAGUGUCCAUGCAGGUUUGGCCCGAGUCUUCUCCCACGCCUGCUUUUUCCCACAUAUGUGGUGGCACUCUGGUCCAUAAGAACUGGGUCCUGACUGCUGCACACUGCUUUAUCAGGUAUGCAGAUCAGCUGCAGAGAUGGCAGAUGUGCCUGGGCAAACACAACUUGACCCAGCCCGAGCCAGGCGAGCAGUGCUACAGCAUUUUAGGCAUCUAUCGCCAUGAGAGCUUCAAGUAUCCCACAGUGCCCAGUGUGGAGUUUGACAUCGCUCUGGUGCGUCUGGAUGGAGAGGUCACCCCUAGCGAGCACAUCGACUUCGCCUGCAUGCCCUCAGUCGAUGAGAUGCUUCCAGGAGAAAAGAAAUGCUAUGCUACAGGCUGGGGAGAUGAAACAGGCAACUCUACGAAUCCAAAAGCAGCAGAGACUUUGAACCAGGUCGCUCUUCCUGUGGUUCCCUAUGAUACCUGCAAGCGCAUGGACUACUGGUGGUUCCAGGUCAAGCCAUCAAUGAUCUGCUGUGGAUUCACUCUCCCUGAUGAGCUCAAGUCUGUGUGCCAGGGAGACUCUGGGGGUCCCCUCGUGUGUCAGGACAACCCCUCAGCCCCCUGGGAAAUCCACGGGAUCACCAGCUUCGGGCCUAUCGGCUGCAUCAUGAACAAAAAACCCAGUGUGUUCACUCGUUCUUCUGCUUACACUGCCUGGAUUGAAAACAUGAUACGCAAGGAUAUCUACCACCUCACUGUUUCUGGUUGUGGAGGGCUGAAGGACCAGACUGGCACUGCAGGCGUGCUGGCCUCAAUGAAUCACCCUCAGAGUUAUAAAAACGAUGUCAAGUGCCACUGGAACAUCCGUGUCCCCGCAGGCAAACGUGUGCACCUUCAUUUUGAAUCGUUCUCACUGGAGGAAAGCCAGUUGUGCCUCAGCGACAGCGUCUCCAUCUCAGACCAGCUCAGCUCUAUGGGAACAUACUGCAGUACAUAUCCUCCAUCAGAUAUGGUUUCUGCUAGUGACAUGCUGACUAUCCGUUUCUCCUCCAAUAACCGAGUGGUGGACACAGGCUUCAGCGCCACGUGGAAAGCCAUAAACCCGACAGAUAACAACAUUGGCUGUGGUGGAGAGUUUACCAGCCAGCAAGGGGAGCUUGUCUCACCAAACUGGCCCAAUAACUACCCGAACCAAACUGUCUGCACGUGGAGCAUCUCGAGUCCAUCAGCUAAGAGUCUCCACAUCAUCUUCACACACUUUGAGCUGCAAGCCGUUAACAUCCUGGGCAAGUGUGUGGACUUUGUGGAGGUUUUUGAUGCAGCUGGGAAGUCACAAGGUCAGUUCUGUGGAUAUUCACCGCCCAAGCUGACCGUCGCUGGAGACAAAGUCACUGUGCGUUUCCGCACCAAUGAGGCACGCCAAGAGAAAGGUUUCCAUGGUUACUGGACCACUGAUCCAAGUGUGUUUCCCACACUGCCUCCUCUACCGCCCAACCCGUGGGAUGACGUGAAGAUUGUUUGGCCUGCUGUAUGUGGGACUCCUGCAGUGGCUCCAGUUACCCCUGUGAUGAGGGUUGUAAAUGGAAUUGAAGCUAAACCUCAUUCCUGGCCAUGGCAAGUGUCUAUGCAGGCCAAACAGCUUUCUUUUUUGCCUUUCCAACAUGUAUGUGGUGGCUCAUUGAUCCAUGAGGAAUGGGUUCUGACUGCUGCUCACUGUUUCACAAAACUCUCAGCUCCUACAUCCUGGCAGAUGUGUUUUGGGAAACAUCACAUGAACUCCAGUAUAGACGGCCCCACAGAGAUGUGCAUUCCUGUUGUCGCUAUCAUCUCGCACAAGGAUUUCGUCUAUCCCCAGAUCGAUGACCUCUCCAAUGACAUCGCCCUGGUGCGACUGGCCAAGCCAGUGUCCAUGACUCGAGAAAUCAGCCCUGUGUGUCUGCCUAAACCUGAGUCCCUGCUGCCUACUGGACAUUUCUGCUAUGUCACUGGCUGGGGAGAUGAGAAAGGCAGUAUAAUUCCUGUAGUGGCUAAAAAGCUGAACCAGGCUCCUCUUCCUAUUGUCUCCUAUGAGACGUGCAGUAAAAUCAGCUACUGGUGGGACAGUGUACGGCCUUCAAUGGUCUGCGCAGGCUACGAGUCACCUGAUGAGCUCAAAUCUGCCUGCCAGGGUGACUCCGGGGGGCCAUUCGUGUGCAAAUUAGCUGCCACUGGCUCUCUAUGGGAAGUGCAUGGUGUUGUAAGCUUCGGUGCUCGUGGCUGCAUCAAGGACAAAAAGCCAUCAGUGUUCACUCGAGUCUCAGCCUUCAAUCCAUGGAUCGAAGACAACAUCAAGCGAUACGUCUAUGAAAACACUCCAGCUGCUUAAAUCUGAGUGAAAACACAUAGUUUUGAUUUCUUACCUGUAUUAUGCAAUUUGUUUUGCAUUGUUCUUGAAUACAAGCCCUUACUGGACACUGUAGGGGUGGAACCAAGAACCAGCUUGGAAAAAAAAUAAAGAUUUUAUUAGAAUCUCA